UUGCCAGCAGUUUGUGAACUCUCCUGCUGUCUCCCCCCAUCCCCUGUGGAUGGAGUGGUGCACUCCAUGCUCCUUUUUUUUGCCAGUGCAUGGGUGAAAUGCUCGCAAAGCCGGAGUGAGCAGGCACAUUGGCGUCAUGUUAAACUGCGGCGCACUCAACUUUCAUCUUACACAGAGCUAAAGGGGAACACUUUAACCAGGAGCCCCGGCGCAGCUAACCAUGAUCUGACCAUCUCUCCGUCUGCCGAGGCUUUGCUUUUAUUUUUUCCAAAAAAAUUAGACAUUUUGUUCCUUUCUCAUAAUAAAUACAUAUAAAAUAAUUUUUAAGUAGUUCUGGUUAAAUCGACACAAAUCUCCAGGAGUGAGGCAAGAUCAGAAUGCAGCGUGUCACGCUGCUAUUUGGCUUCCUGGUUGUUACUGUGCCUCCAACCCAAGGUGUGACAGGAUCAGGAGGCAGUGAAUGCUCGUGUGGCAGAAAUCAUUUCACUUGUGCGGUGAGUGCCUUUGGUGAAUGCACCUGCAUACCUGCCCAAUGGCAAUGUGACGGGGACAAUGACUGUGGUGACCAUAGUGAUGAAGAUGGCUGCAUGCUGCCGACUUGCUCCCCUCUGGAAUUCCAUUGUGACAAUGGCAAAUGCAUUCGGCGUUCCUGGGUCUGUGAUGGUGACAAUGACUGCGGGGAUGAUUCCGAUGAGCAGGAUUGUCCACCUCGUGAGUGUGAGGAAGAUGAAUUUCACUGCCAGAAUGGUUACUGUAUACGCAGUCUGUGGCAUUGUGAUGGGGACAAUGACUGUGGAGACAACAGUGAUGAACAGUGUGACAUGAGAAAAUGUUCCGACAAAGAAUUUCGUUGCAAUGAUGGUAGUUGCAUUGCAGAACACUGGUAUUGUGAUGGAGACACAGAUUGUAAAGAUGGUUCAGAUGAAGAAGGCUGUCCUGCUGAUGUUCCUGUUACUAAUUGCAGUGUCGAGGAGUUUCAAUGUGCUUAUGGCCGUUGUAUUCUUGAUAUAUACCAUUGUGAUGGUGAUGACGAUUGUGGAGACUGGUCUGAUGAGUCAGACUGUGCGUCCCAUCACCCAUGUCGAUCAGGUGAAUUUCUCUGCAACAGUGGGCUCUGCAUCAACGCUGGCUGGAGAUGUGAUGGUGACUUUGACUGUGACGAUCAGUCCGACGAGAAAAAUUGCACUGCCUCACAAUGUACCACAGACCAGUUCCGCUGCAAGUCAGGCCGUUGUAUCCGGUUGUCUUGGCGAUGUGAUGGAGAGGACGAUUGCUCUGACAACAGUGAUGAGGAAGACUGUGAGAAAACAGAACUCCCACACUGUGCUCCAGAUCAGUUCACAUGUGGCACUGGGCGCUGCAUUGGGCAACGGAAAGUCUGCAAUGGUGCCAAGGAUUGUCAAGAUGGCAGCGAUGAGAUCCCACAUCAGAAUUGCCGUGAACCUUCUGAGGGGGAAAGCUGCAAUGUGGACAAUGGUGGGUGUGCACACAAGUGUCAGCAAGUUCGAGGUAUUUUACAGUGCACGUGUCACACAGGCUAUCGAUUAAUGGCGAAUGGAAAACUGUGCCAAGACAUUAAUGAGUGUGCUGAGGAUGGAUACUGCAGCCAAGGCUGUACCAAUUUGGAUGGAGGAUUCCAGUGCUGGUGUGUACAGGGUUAUGAACUACGCCCUGACAAGCGAGGCUGCAAAGCACUUGGGCCAGAACCAGUGCUGCUGUUUGCAAAUCGCAUCGAUAUUCGCCAGGUACUUCCCCGACGGUCAGAGUAUACGCUCCUCCUCAACAACUUGGAGAAUGCCAUUGCCCUGGACUUCCACCACAACAAGGAGCUUGUGUUCUGGUCAGAUGUGACCCUGGACCGCAUUAUGAAAGCCAAUCUGAAUGGGAGUAACGUGGAGGAAGUGGUGUCAACGGGUCUGGAGAGUCCAGGUGGGCUGGCCAUCGAUUGGAUCCACAACAAGUUAUACUGGACUGAUUCUGGGACAUCACGUAUCGAGGUCUCUAAUCUUGAUGGAACGCAGAGAAAAGUACUUUUGUGGCAAAAUUUGGAGAAACCCCGAGCCAUUGCAUUACAUCCAAUGGAGGGAACUAUUUAUUGGACGGACUGGGGUAACACCCCCCGGAUAGAAUAUGCAGCCAUGGACGGUUCUAACCGCAAGAUCAUUGCAGAUACUCAUCUCUUCUGGCCAAAUGGGCUCACCAUUGACUAUGCAGGACAAAAGAUGUACUGGGUAGAUGCCAAGCAUCAUGUGAUCGAGCGUGCGGACCUUGAUGGCCAGAACAGAAAAGCAGUGAUCAGCCAAGGCCUCCCUCAUCCCUUUGCCAUCACGGUGUUUGAAGACAGUCUAUAUUGGACAGACUGGCACACCAAAAGCAUAAACAGUGCCAACAAGUUUACCGGGAAAAACCAGGAGAUUAUCCGCAAUAAACUACAUUUCCCAAUGGAUAUCCAUACACUCCAUCCACAGAGACAGCCAGCAGCAGGGAGAAAUCACUGUGGGACCAACAAUGGAGGGUGUAGCCACCUUUGCCUGCCCAGCAGUGCCAAUUACACCUGUGCCUGCCCGACUGGCUUCAAGAAAGUCGAUGACUACAAUUGUGCUGGAAGUCUUGACAAGUUCCUGCUUUUUGCUCGAAGGACGGACAUCCGUCGCAUCAGCUUUGACACUGAGGACAAGUCUGACGAUGUCAUUCCACUGGCUGAUGUGCGCAGUGCUGUUGCACUUGACUGGGAUGCCAAAGGGGAAUACAUUUAUUGGACAGAUGUCACUACUGACUCUAUCAACAGGGCUAAAUGGGAUGGAACAAAGCAGGAGGCUAUCAUUGUCACUAGUCUGGAAAGUCCUGCAGGACUGGCUGUUGACUGGGUGACAAACAAGCUUUACUGGACAGAUGCAGGUACUGACAGAAUUGAGGCCUCAAACUUAGAUGGCAGCAUGCGCACAGUCCUUAUCUGGGAGAACCUGGAUAGACCCAGGGAUAUUGUGGUGGAUCCAAUUGGAGGGUACAUGUACUGGACAGACUGGGGAGCCAAUCCUAAAAUAGAACGUGCAGGGCUGGACGCCUCUGAGCGGACAAUCAUUAUCUCCUCCAAUCUCACUUGGCCUAAUGGCUUAGCGGUGGACUAUGAGACUGAGAGGUUGUAUUGGGCUGAUGCAGGCAUGAAGACAAUUGAGUACGCCAACCUGAACGGGACUGAUAGGAGGGUCCUGAUUGGCAGUCAAUUACCUCACCCUUUCGGCUUGACUCUACAUGAAGAUAAGAUUUACUGGACCGACUGGCAAUCAAAGAGUAUUCAGAGUGCAGAUAAAAGCAGUGGCCUGGGAAGAGUGGUGCUGCGAGAGAACCUGGAAAAUCUAAUGGAUAUUCACAUGUUCCAUCGCCAUCGAACACCAGUGGCAUCCAUGUGUAAAAUAGACAAUGGUGGCUGCAGUCACCUCUGCCUUCUCGCUCCGUUGCCCAAGGCAUACCACUGUGGGUGCCCCACAGGUAUAAACCUCCUCGCAGAUGGCAAAACCUGUGCACCUGGUAUGACCAGUUUCCUCAUAUUUGCACGGAGAACAGAUAUCCGGAUGGUGUCUCUUGAUAUUCCUUACUUUGCCGACGUGGUGGUGCCUGUCAAUAGAUCAAUGAAAAAUACAAUUGCGAUUGGCGUUGAUCCUAAAGAAGGGAAGGUGUAUUGGUCAGACAGCACGCUGAAUAAAAUCAGCAGAGCCAAUCUGAAUGGAUCCCAACAGGAAGACAUUGUAACAACAGGGUUAAUGACGACCGAUGGACUGGCUGUGGAUACCAUAGGCCGUAAAAUAUACUGGACAGAUACGGGGACAAACCGCAUUGAAGUUGCUUAUUUGGACGGAACAAUGAGGAAAGUUCUGAUCUGGCAGAAUUUGGACAGUCCAAGAGCCAUUGCUCUUCAUCAUGAGAAAGGGUUCAUGUACUGGACAGAUUGGGGGGAGCAUGCCAAAUUGGAGCGUGCUGCAAUGGAUGGAUCAGACAGAAUGGUUCUUAUCAAUAGUAACCUGGGAUGGCCGAAUGGUUUAGUCAUUGACAAAGAGGGUUCCCGACUCCUGUGGGCAGAUGCACAUACUGAGCGUAUUGAGGCAGCAGACCUGAAUGGUGUGAACCGUCGUACUCUGGUCACACCUGUUCAGCACCCUUAUGGCCUGACUCUGCUUGAUUCUCACAUUUACUGGACAGACUGGCAAACGCGAAGCAUCCAGCGAGCAGACAAGAACACAGGCAGUGACAUAAUUACAGUGCGCGGCAACUUGCCCGGGCUCAUGGACAUUCAAGCUAUUGACCGAACUCGACCUGUCGGAUUUAACAAAUGUAGUGUCAGGAACGGGGGCUGCAGCCAUCUCUGUCUCCCACGCCCCGGUGGUAUCACGUGCGCGUGUCCGACAGGAAUCCAGAUGAAAAAUGAUGGGAGAACCUGUGACAAUGCUCCCGAGACGUAUCUCCUCUUUUCUAGUCGUGGCAGCAUUCGCAGAAUUUCUUUGGACACAACUGAUUACACAGAUGUGCACGUUCCAGUUCCUGAGUUGCAUAAUGUCAUUUCCCUGGAUUAUGACAGUGUGGAGAUGAAGGUUUAUUAUACAGAUGUCUACCUAGAUGUGAUCAGAAGUGCCAAUCUGAAUGGCAGUGGCAUGAUGACAGUCAUUGGCCAGGGUUUAAAAACAACUGAUGGUUUGGCCAUUGACUGGGUAGCAAGGAACCUCUACUGGACAGACACUGGCAGGAACACGAUUGAAGUAUCUUGGCUCGAUGGAAGCUGCCGGAAGGUACUAAUCAACAACAGCCUGGAUGAACCAAGAGCAAUUGCUGUAUUUCCUAGGAAAGGGUAUCUGUUCUGGACAGACUGGGGAAAUCUUGCCAAAAUCGAGCGUGCGCAGUUGGAUGGUACAGAUCGGAAAGUUCUCAUUAAUACAGAUUUGGGUUGGCCAAAUGGGCUAACCUUAGAUUAUGACUCAAGAAGGAUCUACUGGGUGGAUGCUCACUUAGAUAGAAUUGAGAGUUGUGAUUUGAAUGGAAAACUGCGCCAAGUUCUGGUUGGCCAAGUCAUACAUCCCUUUGCCUUAACUCAGCAUGAUCGUUGGAUUUACUGGACAGACUGGCAAACUAAAUCAGUCCAGCGUGUGGACAAAUACACAGGCCGGAACAAGGAAACCAUCCUUGCUAACGUGGAGGGACUGAUGGACAUUAUUGUGGUCAGCCCACAAAGGCAAACAGGUACCAACUCAUGUGGUAUGAAUAAUGGAGGAUGCACACAUCUUUGCUUUGCCAGGGCAACAGACUUUGUGUGUGACUGCCCAGAUGAGCCAGAUGGACGACUGUGCUCUGUGGUUCCUGGAUAUGUGCCUCCGUUUCCAGAAACCACCCACUCCAGUGAGAAAGCUGAUGCUGGAGGCCCACGCAGGAACAUUGACUUUUUCCCUGCAAAGCCCACAGAUCCUGUUGAGAACAUAAAUGAGAACUGUUCUCAGAAAGAUACAAGUCAAGGUCUCUGCGAGGAGAGUGUAAACGAAGUGUUGCCUGCGAUAAGUGGUGAAGGACUGCACAUAAGUUACAUUGUUGGAGCGGUCUUGUCAAUACUGGCAAUCCUGAUUCUCAUAGUUGCAGUCAUUAUAUACAGGCAUAAAAAAUCAAAGUUUAAUGAUCCAGUUGUGAGCAACCUAACCUACAGCAACCCGUCAUACCGUACAUCUACACAGGAAGUGAAAAUUGAAACUAUUCAGAAACCAGCGAUAUAUAAUCAGCUCCGAUAUAAAAAAGAGACUGCUUCAGAUAAUAGUUACACAAAAGGAAAGAUAAAAAUUGUUGAAGGCAUCUGCUUGCUGUCAAAUGAUGACAUGUAUUGGGAUGACUUGAAACAAAUUAAGACCAUGCGAGGUGGAAUUCUUCGAGAUCAUGUUUGCAUGAAGGCAGAAACACUGUCUAUCCAGGGCAGCACAGACUCACUUGGUGACACAGAGACAGAACAACUGCUACAGGAUGAACCACUGUCCGAGUGCAGCAGUGUAAACACAAGCUCACAGGAAAGAAGCGGUCUCCCCUUACCUGACACUGGCUGGAAGCACAAUCGCAAACCCUCAACUGAAAGUGAGGUCUGAUCAGAAAUAGCUUCUUCUUUCUUUCCCCUGUGUUCCAUUUUAAAUAUGUUUCUAUGGCAACCUCAGAUAGUGACUGAGCAUGCUGCAGACAGUGUGAGGAUACGGACUUUUCUAAAAAAAUACACAACUCAACUGAGAACUAAGUGGCACUACAAGCUGUCACCCUGGAAGACAACACAUUACACAAGACUGGAUAAAGGCCAAGGGAUCAUGCUCUCUUUUAGUAUUUCCAAAAUGUCUGAUGCAUAAUAUUAACCAAUUUCUUUGUCAGAUUUACUUGAAGUGUCUGGUUAAAGCAUGAAUGUACAGAUGGUUAUCUGUAGCAUGUGGUGGCCUACUUUUCUACUGUAGAGGAUUCUGCUAUUAAAAUGGAUGUAAUUCUGUAAGUGGAGCAAAGUAAUCUUUUUUCACACUGUCUGUAGGCCUCAAAUUUCUGGGUCUUUUGAGGGACAGUAUGAAAUUCCUUGUAGUCUCAGGUAAGACUUCCGUACAGGAGGGAGAAUAUUAAAAAGAAAUAUUUAAUUAACCCUUUCAUCCUCAUUUUGACAUUCGGUCACAACUGAAGUUCUAAAUGUGACCUGAAUCUCACUUAUCCAGGACCUUUGAAAAGAGCAUAAAGGAAUUGGCAAACAAUUGUACAGAACAAGCUGCAUUCACCCUCUAAGUAUCUGUCUAAGCACUGAUUUGCAAUUAAGACACUAAUUUUGUACUUUGUUAAAGUUGCGGCCAUCAGUGAUUAUUAACUAUACUAACUCAUAAGCUAUCAAGAGUUAUUUCUGCUUGUAACCACUAUGUACAUUUGGAUGAAAUGUUUAAAUAUUUCAACUAGUUACAUUAAAUAGUUUAUAAAUGUAGAUCACCUGCUAUACAGGCUACAAAUGUGUGCCAGAAUUUAACUUUUUCUAUCAGACCUGAACAUGUCAGUGCUAUUUUGUGUUAUUAAAUGGCAAAGCAGAGCAAUUUGAACAGGAAUGAAGUUAUUAAUGGGAAGCAGACUAGAAUAUUAUAAGUAAGUGAUGUGAGGGACAGGUUACUAAUUUGAAUUUACAUUGAAUUUCAGUGACAAGGACUCUUAAGAUUAUGGUGGAGAAAACCAAACCACCUUUUAAAAUUUCCAAAUAAAAUUUAAGUCUCAAACAUUCGUCAUUUUCAGUUAUUUAAAGGAAUAUGAGCAGCUAAAUGGAGUACUUCAUAUAUAAAGUAGUUCCCAUAUAAGGUUUUCAGUUUAAGAAUAAAAAUCUAAUAGGAGUCAACAUUAGUUUAAUGGUUCAUUCCCUCCCCAUGAAGACACUGCCAUGUCAACUCUGCUCAUUACUUAAAACCACUUUAUUAUUAUGUCAAUCCUUAAUAUUCCUUUACUUGCAUGGAAUUCAGUAACUCAAAUUGGUUUAGUAUUUGUACGUCCUUGAAUAUACAAUAUACGAAGACUUCAGAGGAAGUGAAAUAGUCCACUAAAUUUAAACUAUUCCACAAGGUGGGAGGUAUGUUCUAAAGUUGUUUUAAAACUGCAGUGGCAUUUUUUUCACUGGAAAUAUUCCCUGUAAUCUUUGCUUUAAGUGUAGAGCACAUGCUGUUAAUAACUGUAAAGAGAGAUAUUUUUGGCACUUUGAGCACAGUAGAUAGAUGAUCAAUUAUGUAACAGCAUAAAAUUAGGAGGUAAACUUUCAUUGUCAUUAACUGAACUUUGCAAGCAGCAGUGUAAGAUAAUACACAGGUUUAUGGAUUAUUGUAACCUAAUAAUUACUAUUAAGCAUUUUGCUGCUUUGCCCAAUUCUCUUGCCUUGUCUAGAAACAUGUUGAAAGUUAUUGUUAGUUUUCCUGAACUAAAGUCACCUUUCGCAAUCAGAAAAUAUAUAUAGUUUAACAGUUAUAUAAGUGUUUUGUGAUGCUGGCAAUAUCAUCUGGAUAAUAGUGACUUUUUUUCAUCCUGUCCCAAUCUUGCUUCAUAAAUUUAUAGGAUGAGAGACUCCGUUUACUUCAAGUUUCAUCAAUACCACAUCAGCUCAAUUUUUCCACCUAAUUCCGGUACUGCUUUUCUGAGUGCUACAUUUGACUAUUAUAUGAUAUUCCACAACACUUUCAUCCCUAUUCCAUGAACAUUGUUACAUUGUCUUUGUAACAAACAUUGAAAGGUCAACUGCUUCAUUAGUAUGCUGUUUGCAUGCUUAUUUUGAUUGCUGCUUUUACAGUGUUGCUUACUGUCAAAUAACGAAAGAAAAUUGAAGCAUGGUCACUAGGAGUAAUUAAUCUGAUUGAAAAUUGAAUUACUACUUGAUUUAUCAUUUCCACCGUUGUGAUGGAACAAUUUGUUGUUGACAAAAACCUUGCUUGUUUUCUUUCCUUCCUAAUUUUAUUCAGUCAAUUUUUGCCAACGAGUGGUCAAUGCUUGAAAUAGAGCCAAGGCUUGAGGGUGUUUUUGUUGCAAUCAUAUGGCUUGGUUUAUUUGCUUAGAAAUGCAUUUCUUUGACCAAAUGUCUAAUUUUUAACCUUUUGAGUGCCUGGCACUUAAACCUCAAAUUGUGCUAUUUUAUCUAGAACACAAGUUUGGGCUACUGUUCUUGAUACCCAUUUAAGAUUACAUUUUUAAAAUAUAAUAACUGGAUUGUAAUCAAAUAAAGCAACUUUCUAUAUAAUUAUGAAAAAAAAGAUGUUAAAUAUGUAAAUAUGUGAUAAAGCUCCAGAAUUGUAAAAAAAAACAUAAAUUGUGAAGCACCUGAAAAUGGUUUAGAUUUACUCAUGGUUAACUAAUGAAGAAUGACAAAAAGUUGUCAGAUUCUUUUUAUCAUUACCAAUGACCAGAAUACCAGUACAAUGAAUAUAAUUAAUUUAGUCAGGAAGUAUUGCACCAGGCCUUUUUAACCCCUUGAGCACUAUAUAAUCAUUUUAUAGUAUUUUGAUAUGGGAUUUUUUAAAGCCUAAAAUACUUCUUAUACUUUCUUUGAUAUUUUUUACAUUGUAUAUCACCAACUUCUUUUAUAGUAUUCAACUUUAGCUUUGACUCAAAAUUGUUAAAUAAUAACAUAAGUUAUGUUGAGUAGUGUACAGUUUACUCUUAAUCUACACUACCAUUAUUUGAUUCUUUUUUUGCCUUAAGCUCCCACUUUGCUGUGUUAUUUAUGUUGCUUAAUUCAAGUUGUUUUCACCAAUUGUUUAAUGCAAAAAUUACUUUAAAUUAUCUUGAGUAAACUGUAUGAGGGAAUUUCAGUACUCAGUGGGUUAAAAUACUCAGGUAGUAAACUAAUUGUGGCAAUAAUUGAUAAAUUAGUCAGUUUAGGAUAAUAAAUGGCACAAUCCUACAUAAUUAAUUGAUUUAUAAUAUAUAGAUUCUUGAUUUUAAAAGGUAACAACAAACUUCAUGGUCCAUAUUACCUAGCAUUUCGAUUAAGCAUGGCAUUAUUUUCUUUUUGGAGAAGACUAGGUACUUCCAUUGCACUCACAGGAAUAUCUUGUACUCUACUUUGUCAACUUAGAAAAUAUUAUAAAAACAUAAAGGAUUUUAAAUGAUUUUGAAUAUUACAUUUCACCUAAUAGAAGGGAAAGCAGAGUAAGUAGACUGAAGCAUAUAUACUGCAUUUGGACAUCAGUCAUGCAUUUGUCUUCCAAUUGUGUUAUAAUAUAUUAUUGUUGAGAGGCUGGAUAACUAAUUUGGGUCUUUGUAAUUAUCCCAAAUUAAACUCUGUAAUAUUUAAGACAGUCUUGCAAUUGCUAACUUUGCUCAGUUAGAAAAUGUUUACAGAACAAUUGUUUAGUGCGAACUAUAUAUC